AUGUUCACUGUAACAUGCAAACAGGUCUACUAUUUCAAACCAUUAGUCUAUCAAGGCCAGGCCAGUAGUCUUAUUGGCAGCAGCUAUCCAGAGUCUCAGGAAGAGGUUAUCGAUGUGAGCAACCAAAGGAAUGUUGAUAGCUACACCCACCAGACUGUGAAUGUCAACCAGCAAGAUGAGAUUGCCAAUAUCCACAACUACAAUGGGUGGAAUGGAUGGGAUGCCAUCUGGGACUACAGGAAGGGUCUUUUUGCUACCAGGCUGUUCCGUAAGAGGGCUUGUGUUGUGGCAACAAUGGAUUUGAAGACAUUCCCAAGACUGGAGACACUCAGUAGUUCCAGAGGAGACAAGCCUGAAAAAAACAUCCCUUUGGCCCAUGGCUCAAGAUUCUCAAUUGGCAAGACCCAUGUCAAAAACAUUGCCCAGUUUGGAUAUGCAAUUGAGCAGCUGUGUGAAGGGAUUCCUACAUAUUAUGCAUACCAGGAACAAGCUAAGAAGCAUUUUUCUUCCACUAUAGAGGUAGCAGCAAAUGUGUGGGAAGAUGUCAAAGUGGUUAAUUCAGGGAUCAUAAUCACAUGUGGUUCGAAAUGA